CACCUGGGGACUUCCGGGUGAGUUCCGCAUUUUCUCCCGGCAGUAUUUUCGGGCUCAGUGAUCAGUUUUUCCCCUCAAUCCGGAGACUAUAGGCGAAUUUUAUAAUAAUCGGGCCUCGAUUUUUAAUUGUUAACAUUGCUGGGGCAACAAAGACCUCACGAGACUGAACAGGUCGACCUGCAUAUUCUAGCUACAAGUCUAAACCUGCCCCGUCAUCCCCGGACAGGGGAAUUCCAUGACAGAACAAACGCUGAAAGCUGUUCCCACAAACAUCGAUGACAAAGAAGAAGACCCUGACAGUACACGCAAAGAAAACCUACAGCAGCAGUGCCCUGAAGACGUGGACAUGGCAGAACGGCUGCAGGAGGGCUCCAGGUCCCUACAGACAGGAGACCUGGACACGGUAGAACAGCUGCAGGAAGGCUGCAGGGCCCUGUAGGUAGGAGACCUGGACACAGCAGAACAGCUGCAGGAGGGCUGCGGGGCCCUGCAGGUAGGAGACCUGGACACAGCAGAACAGCUGCAGGAGGGCUGCGGGGCCCUGCAGGUAGGAGACCUGGACACGGAAGAAAAGCUGCAGGAGGGAUGCAGCUCCCUACAGUCAGAGGAACUGCACACGGAAGGUCAACUGCAGGAGGGCUGCGGGGCCCUGGAGACAGGAGACCUGGACACGAAAGAACAUCUACAAGAGGGAUGCAGAGCUCUGCAGACAGGAGACCUAGACACGGCAGAACAGAACUUUGCAGCGGCGCUCAAGUCUGUUCAUGGAAAAGAGGCAAGCAAAGAGGUGGGGCCACUACUAAAGUUAAGUGAUGUCUACCUGAAGAGAGGAGUGCUAUCAAAAGACGGCGAUGAUUUCACCAAGGCAGCAGCGCUCUGUAAUGCAGCACUGGUAAGAUCCAAAACAAAAGAGCAGGACAUCAUAAAACAAACAAUCCAGUUCAUUACCCAAUCAUUCGUUAAGCACGUCCUGGGUAUCACACAGACGGUAGGCAUCGAUGACGUAGAAAAACACAAAACGAUGUUGAAGGAUGAUAGACAUCAAAUAGCAAAAGAAAUUGAAGAGAUUGAACAACAAGCCGAUCCUUACUGCCUUGAUGAUGACGACCCAAAUAUCAUAGAAGUAGAGAUGAAGAGAGUGGAAGCAAUCAAGGUAUUGUUUCAGACAAUACUGCAUCAGCGAACAUCAUUUAUUGUUAACAUUAUAGAUGAAUGCAUGGAGGUAAUGGGCCACCCUCCCUGCAAGUACUCCAUGAUAGGAUUGGGUUCGCAAGCCACAGGUCUAGUAACACCGUACUCUGACCUGGAAUUUGCCAUUCUAAUAGAGAAGGAAACAGACAAUAAUGUCACCUACUUCCGCAAUCUCACUCACUUCCUGCAUCUCAAAGUAAUCAAUCUGGGAGAAACUAUUCUUCCUGCAAUGGGGAUUAGGUCUCUUAAUGAUUUCCACUCAGACGACCCACUGGGAAAUUGGUACUAUGACUCUGUAACACCGCGCGGGUUUUCGUUCGAUGGAGCCAUGCCACAUGCAUGCAAGACUCCGUUAGGAAGGGGUAAAACGUGUGAACUUAUCCGCACACCCAGCAACAUGGUAAAACUCCUGGAAGACAAUGUCACGUUCUAUCUAAAGAAAGGCUACCAUCUUGUAAGUGUCUUGGGGAAUGUUUCUUUAAUAGCAGGAGAGCAAGAGUUGAUCGAUGAAUAUGCGUCUUUAUGGACUAAGCUACAGCGUGAAGACAGUAGAAAAAUCCCAUUGUUAAUCGCAAAUGUAAUAAUGUCAGAGAAUUCCCCAACUUUUGACAGACAUGUUCCGAGUGCCAGCCUGCUCAAUGUUAAGAAAGAAAUCUAUCGAUUUUCAAGCAUUACUAUAAUAUGUUGGGCACUGCUUCACAAAAUACAACCGACGACAAUCUGGGACACCAUUGAAGAGAUGCACAAGAAUGGUGUCAUUAACAACGAGAAUGCGCAUCACUUAAUGGUGAUGGUCAGUAUCUCAGCAGAACUGAGACUGCGGACAUACAUGAACAAUCACGGCCAAGUGGAAAAUAUGUCAGCAUUGUCGUCCAUGCCGACAGAAACAGACAUAGGAGAAAAAUUAAGGAAAGUGUUUUACAUCUCGAAUGCCAAGCAGCUAAUAAGAUACUAUUACACAGCAACACCUUUGAAGCGCUUUGUCUCAAAGAUGAUCGAGUCGCCAGGAGAUGCUUUAAAACUAUUUGACAAUUCAUUGCAACUUAAAUCACAGGUAUACGAUAGUCUGUGUGAUUAUUCUAACUCAAAGGCAUGCUUGGAAGAGCUUCUGCAGAACUAUCGAACCCGAUUUGGCAAAGCUUUCAUACAUGCUGACAUUGCCCGAACACUUAGCGACUUAGCUAUAGCAUGUCGUAACAUUGGCGAUCACAACAAUGCCGAAAGUUAUCAGGAAGAGUCACUACAAAUGGAGCGGACUAUAUAUGGUGAGAAUGCUGCACAUCCCAAUAUCGCCUCGUCACUAGGCAACUUGGGUGUCGCCUCGAGCCACCUUGGUGAUCACAAAAAGGCCGUCAGCUAUCACCGACAGUCACUGCAGAUGAAACGGACUAUCUAUGGUGAGAACACUGCGAAUCCUGAUAUCGCUAUGUCACUAGGCAACUUGGGUCUCGCCUGGAUGGACCUUGGUGAUUACAAAAAGGCCGUCAGCUAUCACGAACAGUCACUACAGAUAAUGCGGACUAUCUAUGGUGAGAAUACUGCACAUCCUCAUAUCGCCUCGUCACUAGGCAAUUUGGGUCUCGCCUCGAGACACCUUGGUGAUCCCAAAAAGGUCGCGAUCUAUCACCAACAGUCACUACAGAUGAAGCGGACUAUCUAUGGUGAGAUCACUGCGCAUCCUGAUAUCGCCAUGUCACUAGGCAACUUGGGUGUUGCCUGGACUGACCUUGGUGAUUACAAAAAGGCCGUCAGCUAUCACGAACAGUCACUACAGAUAAUGCGGACUAUCUAUGGUGAGAAUACUGCACAUCCUCAUAUCGCCUCGUCACUAAACAACUUGGGUCUCGCCUGGACUGACCUUGUAAACUAG